UAUCGUUGCCCCCCAUCGGCGCGUGCGCGUCGGCAGCUUCUCUGAAUUGCGUGGCGUUGCGCCCGCCAGCGGACGACCCGAGUGUGUGUGUGUGUGUGUUUGGAGAUCGCAAUCACCAUCCGUGUCACGCAGUCGUGCACCCACCGCGCACCUCAGGCUCUUGCGGUGCUGGGUGUGGACAUGUGUGAAGCACGAGUGUCUUUGGAUGGCGACAGCAUGGGCAUGAUUGUUUUUCGGUAUCGCAGCCAAUUCUUCUAGCCGCCAUGGGUUCUGCCCCUCCCCGGGCGGAGCUGGAGCGCCUUGCGCGCCUGCUCCAGGCGCAGCAGGGGCAGCUGGCCGUGCUCUCGUCGCGGCUUUCUGGUCUGCACGACGAGCACGAGGCCUUGCGCGAGUGCUUGACGGCGUCUGGGACCGUGACCGAGGACCGGCUGCUGGCCCGGCUGCACCGCCAGCGCUUCACCACGGCGGUAAGGCGGCACCCCUUCCUGUGCCACGAGUCGCUGGAGACGAUCGCGCGGGCGAAGGAGUUGCUGGUCAUGGUGAUGGCGCGCUCUGGUCUGGACGGCGUGGGGGCAUUGGACAUGACCUCGCGGUCGCUUCACCACAGCGUCGCGUCAACCAUCCCGGAGCUCACGUCGCUCUUCCCGGUGAGCCUCUACGCGAUCGGCGGGGAGGCCGGGCAGGCCGCGUUGGCGUCCGUGGAGCGCCUCGACCCCUUGGCCGGCAGGUGGACGCCAUGCCCGCCCCUGAGCGCCCCGAGGAGCGGGUGCGCCGCGGUCGCGGUCGGGGAGCACGUCUACGUCGUUGGCGGCUGCAGCGCCGACGGGGAGGACCUGAACACCGUCGAGCGCCUGGUGGUGCACGAGGGGUACUGGGAGGCCGCGCCGCCGAUGACGGCUGGCCGCGACGAGCUCGCCGUCGCCAGGGUGUGCGGCCUCGUGUGCGCCAUAGGGCAGCCAUUGCCCCCGGUGGCCCGGCGCCACGGGCCGCCCCUGCACAGGACGACUUCGGAGUCAUCAGGGGUUGCUGCGCUAUGGCGUGUGCUGUUGCUGUCUCAGGUAGGUGGGCGUCCUGACUUCGGUGCAUUGGGGCAGUGGGCGACAUGGAGCGCUUGGUUCCUUAAUCCAGGUGG